AUGGUGAUUAAUCUACAAUCUAAACCUUCGAGCCUUCACGAUCCGUCAGGGUUGAAAAAAAACCACCCCCAUAUGUUAAAAAAAUCGCAGAAAAAUAGUAAAAAAUUGUGUGCGUUGAUAAAACUUUGCACACAGCUCAUUGAGGUGCUAAUGAACCUACAAAAUGAAGGACAACCCCUUACGACCCGUCAGAGUAGGAAAAAACUGCAAAAAACCACCCCCAUAUGCUAAAAAAAUCUAAGAAAAAUAGUAAAAAAUUGUGUGCGUUAA